AUGGCGGCGCCGCCUAACCUGAAGCCUGCCGUGGGGUGGGUAUACGAUAUCAUUCUCCGGGUCUUUGCCACGAUGGUAGACUGCUUCUUCAGAGAUAUCCAAGUUCGUGGAGCAUGGCAUGUACCUGCCGAGGGCUCUGUCAUUCUAGUUGCAGCACCGCAUGCCAACCAGAUCUCGUGGCUCAUGGCGGAGAAGUCGUUCCAAAGACCCUUUGUGGGCACCAUGGCUUCGAUUAUGGGAGCUGUUCCAGUAUCCCGGGCCAUAGAUGUUGCCAAACCAGCGAAGGGAACGAUUCUGCUCCUUGACCCUGUAAACAAUCCAAGGACCUUGACAGGUAUCGCAACAAAUUUUGGAGAUCCGAUAUUCAAAGCAGGGGGCUCAAUCUACUUGCCGACUGUGCAUGGAGAGACCCAUAAGCUUGACAUUGCAGAGAUUCGCGAAGGUCAGACAAUAAUUCUCAGAACUGCACCGGUUCACCGUGAUGCUCUAUUCCAGCUCACUGGAAGACGAGAAGUGGAUGAUGAGUCGCCUCCAGGAUUCUUGGGCUCCAAGUUCAAGGUCGCUCCACAUGUUGAUCAGACCCAAGUAUACAAAGCCGUUUUUGACAGACUUGCGCGUGGCGGAAGUCUUGGUAUAUUCCCAGAAGGCGGAAGCCAUGACAGGACGGAACUACUUCCUCUUAAAGCUGGAAUUGCGAUCAUGGCUCUUGGUGCACUCGCUCAAGGGACGCCUUUGACAAUCGUUCCUGUUGGAAUGAACUAUUUCUCAGCUCACAAAUUCCGCUCGCGUGCCGUUAUUGAAUUCGGAGAUGCCGUUACAGUCUCUGCUGCGACGAUUCACGACUUUCGAAAUGGGAACAAACGUGAAGCCGUCAGGUUGGUUAUGGCUGACAUUUCGGUGGCCUUGGCAGCAGUCACUGUCUCUGCUCCUGACUUUGAAACACUGAAUGUCAGUCUCGCCUAUACAUUUGCGAUAUACUGCUCACAUAUACAACAGAUCAUUCAUGCUGCCCGUCGUCUCUACCUCACCAAAACCCCAUUCGGUGAGAAAACGCAACGACUUUCGCUAGCCCAUUCAACGGAACUUAAUAGGCGCCUCUCCAAAGGAUAUACUACCUACUCUAAAUCACCCGACAUGAUAUCUUUGAGGAAAAAUCUGCAGAGAUAUAUUGACUGUCUACGAAUCCUCGGCCUGAAAGAUCACCAACUUCUUUCAAUCGCUACCCGCUCCACACAUGUCCCGAUCUUCUCAAUUAUUUCGACACUUCUGUUUCGUCUCGGAAAACUCGUUGCUCUAUUCCUCCUGACCCUCCCCGGACUGAUCCUAUUUGCUCCAGUCUUCAUCCUCACAUCCCACAUGUCACGAAAGAAGACAGCGGAAGCAUUGGCCGCGUCCAGCGUGAAAAUUCGAGGCAAUGAUGUGAUGGCCACUUGGAAAAUCCUCAUCGCCGCAGCACUGGCUCCUGUGUUCUAUUUGUUCUACACAAUAGUACUGGUGUGCUUGAAAAACUGCAAUCUCACCUAUGGCAUAAUCCCUGCGGGCAUGCCCAUCUCGCUGCUUAUGGCCCUGUCCUUAAUCAUCCUUCCUUCAAUUACGUACGCAGCCCUUCUAUUUGGAGAGCAAGGGAUGGAUAUUCUGAAGUCUUUGUAUCCUCUCAUGCUUUCCCUAAACCCACGCUCGUCUCACGCUGUUGCUGCUCUGGUAGAGGAAAGGAGCAAUCUGGUGACCAAGGUCAGAAAUAUGGUUGAUCGCUUUGGGCCUGAGCUAUUUCAAGACUGUGAUGAUAUCAGUAAAUGGAAGGAGAGGGGGCCAAAGCAACUGUUUGCUGAUAUCAGUCCGAUGGCUGAGAUUAAUGACCUUUGGAAGUUAGAUACUUUUGUCUAG